AUGACUGGUGUUGCAGGAGGCUCGAGAGGAUGUCAUACUUGCCGCAAACGCAAGAUCAAGUGUGAUGGUGGCAGGCCAACAUGUAAACAGUGCGCUAGAGGCCUUUGGACCUGUGAGGGCUAUAAUCGGACUUUGGCAUUUCGUAACCAUAGUUCGAGCACUUUUUCACAUAAACGGCGUCACUACCGACGAGGCAAUGCAACGCAAAUCGAUUCACUGACAACUCCUUCAGCUCAGCAUAUUGCACAUGUAUCAUACGCCCAGAACGCCGGUAUUUUGGCUGAUGACCGUCUGCUGGAGCCUCAGUCAUUUGCACAGGCUGCGAACCAAGCACUCUAUGACCAGUCGUUCAGCUCGUUUAUUACACUUUGCCUCCCCGAACGAGCUUCCAUGGAUGUUCCUUUGGCAUGGCUAUUGUCCUUACAUCACGGGUCUAUUUACUCGAAGACACUGUCUUUAGCUGCAGCAGGCGUGGGAUACGGUUGGAUUGGACAUGAAGUGCACUCCAGCGAUGCACUUUAUCUCGGCCGUAGUCUCUAUUGCAGUGCUCUGUCGAGCGCGCAAGAUCUACUCAAUGGCUCAAAGUAUACCGAGGGCUUAUUGCCAACAAUUAUGAUGCUACUUUUAUACGAGCUCUUUGAGUUUGGAACUCAGUCCAGCCUAGGCUGGAAAGCUCAUGCUAGUGGCAUAGAGACUAUUCUACAGCUUUAUGCCCCACAGAUAUUUACAAAACCUCUAGGGUUUCAAUUGUUCUAUUCUUACAGGACUAUUGGCGUAUUACGAAGUUUGACGACGCGAAAAUCUACUUUUCUUUCAGAAGCAGAGUGGAUCGACAUCCCUUGGUCACUAGGCGCAAAGAACUCUUAUCAUCAAUUUUUAGAUUUAGCUGCUGAAGUCCCCAGUAUUCUCGAGCAGAUUGAUCGUCUUUCAGCUGGUAAUAGCCUUGGGCAAUGCGAACAGACACCCCUCGAGAGACUUGCUCGCCAGACUUUAGACCUCAUACAUAGGAUGAAAGAAUGGGAGGAAUUUAACAGCCUUCGCCUAGCACAAGGACCACCUCAUACAUUCUCUUCAAGUGGUACAUCGAUGAACAGCACGGAUCGUCUGCAGCCUCGGGUUCAUAGGUAUCCAAGCAGACAUACCCCAGGUCCCGGGACUGAUUUCGAUGAACUCCAGUCCGCCCGCCUCAUGCUCUUCAAUUGGGCUGUCACACUUACUCUUUAUAUUAGCCUUUAUGAUAAGGUUCCUGUAAGGCCUUAUCUUGGGAAUAUGUAUUGGAACGAGAGUUCACACCCAAUAUCAAUACGUGGCUUGGAGUUUGAAGCUGAGGCCUUAGCAUAUAGAGUCACUUUAUGGGCCGAUUUCUGCUGCCAAAAUGCAUGGCAGAGUUUUGGUCCUGCAAUUGGUAUCUUCAGUGUCAAGGCAGCUAUACAAUGGUACGAGGCAAGGCUUAAGACAGGUUUGCCUGGUACUUCGCAGGUACUUGCGCAAGAACAACUGCAGAAAUGCCGUACGCUUCUAGAGCAUUUGACAUACAGUGACCGAGGUAGCGAAUUUACGCUAUAA